AUGAUCAAUGAUUCUAGUCCCCAGGGACAGAGGUUCCGGUCCAGGGCGUCUCUUCAAGCUUUCCUUCUCAGAGAUGCAGGAGGGGAUCUACAGAUAGAUGACUUUGACUUCACCAAAGCCAAGAGUGGCAUUGUAGCUGUGACUCCGCUGCCAAGCCAGGAGAGACAGAGGAAAGUUAAUCAGAAAGACACACGUCAUACCUCAGAGGCCAAUAUCAAAGAAGACCGGCAGAACACAGAGGAGAAUAUGGAAGAGGGUAGAAUAUUAAGCCUGCCUCCAAAUAACACAAAAAUAGCAAAUUCCGCAAAAUCCUGCAAGCAGAGGACCAGACCCAGAGACAAGAGAACGAUAAUAACUAAUCUGAGGCCUGACAUGCCUCCUCACCUGGCAAGGGGGAAUCACAGACCGGCAGCUGGGAGAGGCUCAGAAACGGGCCAAACAUCAGACACAAAUGAAGACAUCAAAGAGACAAACAUACAAGCCUCUGUGAGAAGGGGUGAGGAUGAUGAGACUGAGAGGCGUCUGAAGGUCGUGGCGGUAGUUGACGAUGUCAUACUGGAGAAGAGCCCCCAGAGGAGGCCGGGGCUGCUGAGAGAAAAGCUGCUCAGGCUGGCCCCGCCCACUGAUUUACAAGAUGCUCUCAUUGGGGAGGCUGAGUCUGAGAGUGUGGGAGUGGGGGAGACUGAGGGAGUGGAGAAUAUAGAAGCAGAGGUGCAUGACGAAGAGCUGCCAUCUCCCCAGACCACUGGAGAGCGCUGUAUACCACUGAAAGAUUCCCAGAGCAAACUGUUAGGAGAGAAACGGAAGACCAGUCCUUAUUUCAGCCGGAAGUCAAUGAGAGAUGGUCUAAGCCCCCCCAGGAGGAAAGCCUUAAGGAAGUGGACCCCUCCUCGCUCCCCCUUCCACCUGGUGCAGGAGACCCUUUUCCACGACCCUUGGAAACUCCUGAUAGCCACCGUGUUCCUCAACAAAACCAGCGGUAAAAUGGCCAUCCCGGUGUUGUGGCAGUUCUUUAAGCUUUACCCAUCAGCGGAGGAGACCAGGGGGGCAGAGUGGAAGCCCCUGUCUGUGCUGCUGAGAUCUUUGGGCCUGUAUGAACUGCGAGCCAAAAUCAUCAUCAGGUUCUCUGAUGAAUACCUGACCAAGCAGUGGCGCUACCCUAUAGAGCUGCAUGGGAUUGGGAAGUAUGGCAAUGACUCCUACAGGAUCUUCUGUGUAGAGGAGUGGAGACAGGUUGAACCCCAGGACCACAUGCUGAACAAGUACCAUGCUUGGCUGUGGGAGAACCAUGAGAGGUUGGGAAUCUGAACCAUGAGGAACUGCGAUGUCACAACCUGUUUUAUCAGUGGAAGAAUGUUCUAGUUCUUAAAUCAUUAGGCUUAUAACCUGACAUAUCGGUAUCUCUCUUGGACAACAAUUGUUACUCAACAUGAUUCUAUUAAAGAAAUUGUUUUAUCAUG